AUGAAGCGCGUCGCGUUUCUACUUCUGUUGCACACAUGUCUACUACUAGCUUCACAUCGCAUCGCUGAAGCAGCGUCGUGCCCCGCAAACGUGGUGUGUCCGACGGGCGCGACGUGCGCGGUGGACGGCAGCGGCUACCCCUACUGCAAGUGCGCGGCGGGGCAGGCCAUCAUCAACGGCGUGUGCGCGCCGGCCGCCAGCUGGGCGGAGGUCGGCACCAACGUCGUUCUGUACAACCGCGCCUCGUACGCCAACUCCCCGAAAUCACUCGCGCCGGCGGUGCUGCGCGGCGCGGCGCCGAACACGAGCGCGUGCGUGAACCUGCCGGGUUCAUUCAACGGCACGAUAGGAUCGCUGCGCAUCAUGUGGAACGUGAACGACGGCGUGGCGGACCAUCUGGUGUGCGGCAAGCUCUUCUUCUGGGACCAACCCAACUGCUGCUGCUCCGGGUCGGGCUAUGAGAUUCCCGGCACGUGGACCGCCGCCAACCCCAACACCUUCACCUACGCCACCUUCAGCGCCUCGUCGACGAGCGGCAUCAUCGCUACCGCGAGGUCCAUCUCGUGUCAGUCCGCCAUCGCCACCAACACGUACCCGUGCGCCUCGAAGACGUGCCCGGUUAACUCCUCGUGCUCCGUGGUCAACGCUGCCGCCGUGUGCACGUGCAGCGCUGGAUUGACAAUGGUCAACGGGCAAUGCGUUGUACCCAACCCGUGCACGGGGUACACCUGUCCUGCCAACUCAGCAUGCUCCAACGUCAAUGGCGUCGCCACGUGCACGUGCAGUGCUGGUUACCAGAUGGUCAACGGCCAGUGCGUUGUGCCCAACCCAUGCACGGGGUACACCUGUCCCGCCAACUCAGCAUGCUCCAACGUUAAUGGCGUCGCCACAUGCACGUGCAAUUCGGGUUACCAGAUGGUCAACGGCCAGUGCAUUGUGCCGGACCCCUGUGCGACGGCCAACUGUCCGCUUAACUCGGUGUGCUCCAACGUCAACGGCGUCGCCACGUGCACGUGCUCUGCGGGCUUCCAGAUGGUCAACGGCCAGUGCGCCGCGCUGCCCCCAGCGGACCCGUGUGCGAGCACCACGUGUCAGGCCAACGCCAACUGCUCCGUGGUCAACGGCGCCGCCACCUGCACGUGCCUGCCCGGCUUUGACCCGGUCAACGGCGCCUGCGUAGCGCCCGACCCAUGCGCGGGAUUCUCGUGUCCCGCCAACUCAGCAUGCUCCAACGUCAAUGGCGUUGCCACGUGCACAUGCUCUGCAGGCUACCAGAUGACAGCCGGCCAGUGCGUUGCAAUCACGGACCCCUGCACAACAACCACGUGUCCUGCCAAGGCCACGUGCAGCAGCGUGAAUGGAGUGGCCACGUGUGUGUGCGCCGUGGGCUACACCCUCGUCUCUGGCGCCUGCCAGCCGGCCGCGCCGUGCUCGCUGGUGACAUGCCCGGGUAACUGCACGUGCUCCUCCGCCAAUGGCGUCGCCAAGUGUGACUGCCCCGACCUGUGCUACGGGGUGAAGUGUCCCGACGUCUCCAAGUGCACCUACAUGCUCGGCGCGCCCGUCUGCACGUGCCCUGCGCCCUACACGCGCCUCAUCGACAACAAGUGCUCCAACGCAACGUUGGCCUUUUCGGACUAUCUGGACAACCAGAAUGCCGCCAGGGCCGCAGUGGGCGCCAUCCCCCUCGUCUGGAACGCCUCCCUGGCGGCGGAGGCACAGGCGUGGGCGACAACGCUGACCAACAGCACGUACAACUGCGGGCUGUCGCACGGCGGCAACCCCGGCGAGGGGCAGAACCUCUCGGGGGGCGGGCCGGCCGGCUAUUACUCGAACGGGGCGGCGGUGAGCUGGUGGGUGGGCGAGGGCGACCUCUACUCGUACGCCGUUUUCUCCGGGGGCUGCAGCACCGGCAACUGGGCUGACUGCGGCCACUACACCCAGGUCAUCUGGAACAACACGCGCACCGUCGGCUGUGGCAAGGCGUCAUGCGGCACGAAAGCAGAUGUGUGGGCGUGCAACUACUACCCGCCCGGCAACUAUGGCGGCCAGCUGCCCUAUGUGCAAGACCCGUGCUACCGGGUGGCAUGCCCGUCCACGGCCACAUGCACGGUGCGGUACGGGCAGCCCAUGUGUGUGUGUGGGGCGGGGCAGGUGCUCGUCAACAAUGCCACGUGCCAGCCCGACCCCUGCACCAGCGGCACCACCACGUGCCCCGGCAACCUCGUGUGUGACGGCUCCUCCGGUACCGCCCAGUGCGCCUGCCCCACCGGCCUCGUGCCUGUCACCAACGACUCUUGCGUCCCGCCGGCGUGUGUGGGGGCGGUGUGUCCGGCGCAGGCGACAUGUGCGGUGGACGGGAGUGGGUACCCGUUCUGCCAGUGCCCCACGGGGUGGUACAUGGGCAGCAACGUGUGUGUGCAGGGCACGCCCGCAGCUGUGGCAGCCACGAGCCUGGCCAUCUACAACACGGCGUCCUACACCAGCACGGCGCCCGCGCUGGGCCCCACGCUCGUGCGCACGGGGCUGCCCGUCAACUCGUCGCGCGCCAGCUGUGUGGACAUCCCCGGCGGCAUUGCAGCGGCGUCGCUGCGCGUGCUGUGGAACGUGCCGGACAGCACGGGGGCGCCCAAGCAGUCGUGCGGGCUGCUGUGGUUCUGGACCAGCGCCUCCUGCUACGGCUCCGCCACCGGCUACUACCGCCCCGCCGGCGACGUCACCAACUUCGCCACUACAUCGGGCAACGUAGCCUUAGUGAAGGCAGUUGCCUGCGCCAUCUGA